CCUGACCCAGAAUCUUACACAGACCCUGACCCUGACCCUGACCCAGACCCUGACCCGGACCCUGACCCUGACCCUGACCCUGACCCUGACCCUGACAGAGACCAAGACCCAGACCCUGACCCAGACCCAGACCCGGACCCUGACCCUGACCCUGACCCCUGACCCUGACCCAGACCCUGACCCUGACCCAGACAGAGACCAAGACCCUGACCCUGACCCAGACCCGGACCCUGACCCAGACCCUGACCCAGACCCAGACCCGGACACAGACCCUGACACAGACCCAGAUCCUGACCCAGACCCAGACCCUGACCCAAACCCUGACCCAGACCCAGACUCGGACACAGACCCUGACCCAGAAUCUUACACAGACCCUGACCCUGACCCUGACCCAGACCCUGACACGGACCCAGAUCCUGACCCAGACUCGGACCCAGACCCAGACUCAAACAUAGACCCAGACCCUGACCCUGACCCUGACCCAGACCCAGACUCGGACGCUGACCCUGACCCAGUGUUCCAUUAACAUAUUCAGCUGAGACCUAAAGUCUGACUUCUGUGUGUGUGUGUGUGUGUGUGUGUGUGUGUGUGUGUGUGUGUGUGUGUGUGUCUGCAGGGCUGCUACUCUGCGAUGGUCGAAUACUUCCAGACCUACAUCUACACAGCUGGAGCGCUCGCCAUCGUGGUCCUGACCAUCGAAGUAGGUCCCUGUCCCUCUCUCUGGUCUUCAAUAAUUCAUCGGUCCUGUAUUUGGAGGUCCUCCCAGGAGGUCCUCUCAGGAGGUUCUCUCAGGAGGUCCUCUCAGGAGGUCCUCUCAGGAGGUCCUCUUAGGAGGUUCUCUUAGGAGGUCCUCUCAGGAGGUCCUCUCAGGAGGUUCUCUUAGGAGGUCCUCUCAGGAGGUUCUCUUAGGAGGUUCUCUCAGGAGGUUCUCUUAGGAGGUCCUCUCAGGAGGUUCUCUUAGGAGGUCCUCUCGGGAGGUUCUCUUAGGAGGUCCUCUCAGGAGGUCCUCUUAGGAGGUUCUCUUAGGAGGUCCUCUCAGGAGGUUCUCUCAGGAGGUUCUCUCAGGAGGUCCUCUCAGGAGGUCCUCUCAGGAGGUUCUCUCAGGAGGUCCUCUCAGGAGGUCCUCUCAGGAGGUCCUCUUAGGAGGUUCUCUUAGGAGGUCCUCUCAGGAGGUCCUCUCAGCAGGUUCUCUCAGGAGGUUCUCUCAGGAGGUCCUCUCAGGAGGUUCUCUCAGGAGGUUCUCUCAGGAGGUCCUCUCAGGAGGUCCUCUCAGGAGGUCCUCUCAGGAGGUUCUCUCAGGAGGUCCUCUCAGGAGGUUCUCUCAGGAGGUCCUCUCAGGAGGUCCUCUCAGGAGGUUCUCUCAGGAGGUUCUCUUAGGAGGUCCUCUCAGGAGGUCCUCUCAGGAGGUUGUCUCAGGAGGUCCUCUCAGGAGGUCCUCUCAGGAGGUCCUCUCAGGAGGUCCUCUUAGGAGGUUCUCUCAGGAGGUUCUCUUAGGAGGUCCUCUCAGGAGGUCCUCUCAGGAGGUCCUCUCAGGAGGUCCUCUCAGGAGGUUCUCUCAGGAGGUCCUCUCAGGAGGUCCUCUCAGGAGGUUCUCUCAGGAGGUUCUCCCAGGAGGCUCUCUCAGGAGGUUCUCUCAGGAGGUCCUCUCAGGAGGUUCUGCAGAAGUUCUCAGAGGUUAAAGAGAACCAGUUAAAAGAGCGUUAGAGAAGUCCUGUAAAAACGGCGGUCUGAGGUCGAGCUGUGAUUGGUUUAAAAAGGAAAACAAACAGUGAUGUCACUUAUGAAGAUGAUGUCCUCGUCUCAGUUUGGACAGAUUUCAUCUAAGGUCACCUGACCUCUGUGUCGCUCUCUCUCUGCAGCUCUUCGCCAUGAUAUUCGCCAUGUGUCUGUUCAGAGGGAUCCAGUAACGCCGCGUGGUCGUGAAUCACCAUGACAACCAGCCGUCUGAGAGGAGCUGUAAAAUAGGAGCGUGUUUGUUCAGUGAUCGUGUCUCGUCGGUUUCGUGACGUUGUUUCGUGGCUCACAGCUGCAGAGGAGCGAGGCCUGAGGGGGGCGAGGCCUGAGGGGGGCGCUGCUGCGGCUGCCGUUUCUUUAAAGUGAAGGAUGACCAGCAGGGCGAGGAGGUGCUCAGUGACAUCACACCGAGCUGGAGAUGGUCAGGAUGGAGGUCUGCACCAACCUUCAGGUCAGCAGGUUCCUCGUCAGGUUCCUCGUCCUCCUGAAGGUCAUCAGGCUGCAGUUCUGCGUGGGUCACAUGGGUCUCCUCUAAGUCCCUGAUUGGGUCGGAUUGUUCUGUUGAAUUAAAGGGAUAUUCAGUCAUAAAAUUAAGUUAGGGUCAAACCCACAGACUGUCUCUCCUCUGGACUCCUCGGUUCCUCCAGUUUAAAGAUCUGAAGCUGAAAAGUUCUCGGUAAUUCUGCGUUUUUUCUCCACUUCCUCAAACCAACUUUGUUCAGUAACGUUGUUCGUAUUCAGCGGAAGAGUCUCUGUGAUGACGCUCGGCUCAAACAGCGUAUCCCCCGGUGAUCUACUCAAUCUCUGUCCUCCCAUUGGCUGUAUCAGGUGUCAAUCAUAGAAAACAUGAACCCCCUAAUAACUUUUAAAAAUGGAGCUGUACAGAAAAAAGAGGACUUGAGCACAAACCAGUCUGACAGUAACUACAUGUCAACAUCACAACCAGGGGGGAGAAACAUUUAUAUUCUGUGUCAUUCAUUUAUAAAGUUUGUCCACAGCUCCAUAAGGAGGCGGGGUUUAGGACCUAUACUGCAGCCCGUCACCAGAGGGCGCUGUUCUCAGAGAGGAGGCAGACGGCGUCUAUUCUAGAGUCAGUCUAUAAAUGUUACGGUGAGUUUGACCUUGACUUCAUUUUGUGGUGGAAUAUCCCUUUAAGGCCCCGUGUCCUGAGUCCUCCUCACUGUGGUCUCCUGUCCUCAGCUGACCCCUCACAGACCCUGAACGUGACCUCCCAGAAGGUUCCUGUGUGUGUGUGUGUGUGUGUGUGUGUUCAGAUGUAAAUAUGGGUCUGUGGGCCAGAGUGUCUUCUUCUUCUUCUUCUUCUUCUUCUUCUUCUUCUCCUUCUUCUUCUUCUUCUUCUUCUUCUCCUUCUUCUUCUUCUUCUCUCACAGUGUCUCAUUUUUCUGUAUAAACUUCACUGAUUGAUAUUAAACUGGUUUCUGUGA